AUGUAUGGGAAGCUUUCGCCAAAUAACAGUGCAGGAUAUAUAGAAUGUAUUUCGGAGAUCCUCUCGACGAUUCAAUCAUCCCAUUCAUGGCUCUAUCCGACUAAAUCACAUGGUAAACAUGAAACUGAGCUAAGUUCUGCUGUGCUAAAAGAUGUUAUCAACGAUAACCUGUUGACAACGGAAAUUUCAGCAACACAGGGAGGACCUAAAACGCUACCGAUUCCCUGUCCUGUGACAGUAUGGCCAGCAUAUUUGCUAUAUAAAUCACCACAAAUGAUAGAUGAGUUUUAUGGUUCACCAUAUCAAUGCGCAUAUGAAAGUUUUUGCCCAGAUCCAUGCUGUCAUGGGAUCCACUCCUCAUCGCCACUACUUUUCUCUCAAAAAUGUGCUCUGAACAAAUGUCUUCAUAAGGAUCGUUGUCAUAUUGAGGCAGCAUUCAAUGAUGACUUCACGGCGAUGCGUGUAAAUAAAUGGAAUAUUACAUGUCCAUGCGGAAAAGGCCUCAUGUACAGACCUGACAUUGAGUCAUGUGUUCAUUCCGAUCUCUGCAGCGAGCAUCAAAGAUGUCCCGCUACUUUUGACUGCGUAAACACCAUCGCUGACCCAGGUUACAAGUGUAUCUGUCAGCUAGGAUACAUGAAGAACGAUUUGGGGCAAUGUGUUCCAAUCGGUAUCUCAUCAUCUGCUUGGCACGGAUUUGCUUAUAGCGGUCCCGUAUCGCUCAGCUCAUAUCAUCAGACAUGUGAAGUUGACAGAAAGGAAUCUUUUCUGGGCCAUCUGUUACACUGGAUCUUUGAGAUCGGUGUUUUGCAUGUUGAGUGUCCACUACUCGAUGCCACUCUUGCCGCUGUCCUGUACAUAGCGGAUUUUUUUCACAGCUUGACAAAGAUUGCGGAUCUCACGUAG